CUCCUCCAGCAUAGACGAUCUUUGAGUGAGGCAGUAGUAUCUGCGUGGAAGAACAGGAUCCUCUCCCACUGGGUGCUGUGACCUAGGUUUACUAACGUUACCCGACGACUCUUUUCUGCGUUUCUGCCUCUGAAAUAGUUUCCUUGUCGCGUUUUUAGGCAAUUCCACAUUACAACACACAGUUCUUUUAUGGUUCCGUUGCCACGACCUGUUUCUAAUCGUAGCCGCUGGCCUCGGGGGUUGAGCCGGCUAGCAGAGCGGUGACGGAGGGCAGACAGCCGGUCGGACGGACGGAGGGAGCGACGGGCACGUUAGCAAACGAGCUACUCAGCCGGGAUUACUGCCUGUAAUCAAAGAACAGCGCACCGCCUGCUGGCUCUUCUCUCACUGCGGCAAACAUGAAGAUCACCGUGGAUUUCGAGGAAUGUUUGAAGGACUCCCCGCGAUUCAGAGCUACCAUAGAGGAAGUGGAGGGGGAUGUGUGUGAGUUGGAAUCCAAGCUCGACAAAUUGGUGAAGUUGUGUAUUGGGAUGAUAGAUGCAGGAAAAGCCUACAAUGCAGCCAACAAGCAGUUUGUCAACGGGAUCCGGGAGCUAGCCCAGCAGUCCACCAAAGAUGAGGUCAUCGAGUCCAGUCUCACAAAAUUUGCCGAGAGCCUGCAGGAGAUGAUCAACUAUCACACGAUAUUAUUUGAUCAGGCCCAGAGAUCAAUCAAGACCCAGCUUCAAACAUUUGUCAAAGAUGACAUCCGUAAAUUCAAAGAAGCCAAGAAGCAUUUUGACAAAGUGAGUGAGGAGAAGGAGGGGGCCCUGAUCAAGAACGCCCAGGCUCCCCGCAACAAGCAGCAUGAGGUGGAGGAGGCCACCAACAUCCUCACUGCCACACGCAAGUGCUUCCGACACAUCGUCCUCGACUACGUUUUACAGAUCAAUGUGCUACAAUCAAAGAGAAGAUCGGAAAUCCUGAAAUCAAUGUUGUCCUUCAUGUACGCCCACCUGACGUUCUUCCAUCAAGGCUAUGACCUCUUCAGUGAACUACAACCUCUGAUGAAACAGCUUGGAGGACAGUUGGACCAGCUGGUGGUGGAUGCAGCCAAAGAGAAGAGGGACAUGGAGCAGAAACACUCCACCAUCCAGCAAAAGGACUUCUCGAAUGACGACACCAAGCUGGAGUACAAUGUGGAUGCAGACAACGGCAUCGCAAUGGAGGGUUAUCUGUUUAAGAGGGCCAGCAAUGCCUUUAAGACGUGGAAUAGGCGUUGGUUCUCCAUCCAGAACAAUCAGCUAGUUUACCAGAAGAAAUUUAAGGACAACCCUACAGUGGUGGUAGAAGACCUGAGGCUAUGUACCGUCAAACACUGUGAGGACAUAGAGCGUCGGUUCUGUUUCGAAGUGGUGUCGCCCACCAAGAGCUGUAUGUUGCAGGCAGACUCAGAGAAGCUGCGACAGGCCUGGAUCAAAGCCGUUCAGAACAGCAUCGCCACCGCCUUCCGCGACAAGGGAGACGAAGGCGAGAAGCUUGAUAGGAAGUCGUCCACGUCGACAGGGAGCCUUGAUUCUGGUGGGGAGCUGAAGGAGAAGCCAAUCAAAGGAGAGAGUGCCCUGCAGAAGGUCCUGGCCAUCCCAGGCAACACCUGCUGCUGCGACUGUGGCCAGCCAGACCCCCGCUGGGCCAGCAUCAAUCUGGGCAUCACCCUCUGUAUACAGUGCUCCGGUAUCCACAGGAGUCUGGGAGUGCAUUUCUCUAAGGUCCGGUCUUUGACUCUGGAUUCAUGGGAGCCAGAACUUCUAAAGGUGAUGUGUGAACUUGGAAACGGAGCGAUCAAUCAGAUCUAUGAGGCUCGGCGAGAGGAGCUGGGAUCCAGAAAACCACAACCAGGAGAUCCGAGACACGAGGUAGAGGCCUACAUCAAAGCCAAAUACGUGGACCGGCGGUUUGUACGCCGGCCUACAGAUGAGGAGCUUCGCAACAAAGUGGUUGCUCUGAGCAAACAGGAGAAGAGGCUGAGCAGCAGCUCUGAGCAUCUGCCCCCAAGGCCGCCACCCCCCACCCCAAAGCUCCGGCCCGGUCAGUCAGCUGUUGCCAGUGGCAUGGAGGCCCGCCGCGACUCUCUCUUCUGUCCUGACGAGCUUGACUCACUCUUCUCCUACUUUGACAACUCUGCCAAGCUCAGGAGCAUAAAAAGUGCAGACAGCGGCAUCCAGAACAGCGCUGAUGGGAGCAGGGAGAUGCUGGCCAACACCGCCUCCACUAACAGCCUGACAGAUGCAGACGCCGCAGAGUCUCCCCCCAUGCCAAUGCCUGCAACGCUGCCUCCUGCGUCUCCAUGUAAGGAGAUUGUUUUCUACGAGCCUAAGGAGUACAGCUCGGGCCUGCAGCUCUACUGGGCUGCAUGCGCCCGCAGCCUGCCGGACAUGGCGGAGGCCCUGGCCCACGGAGCCGAGGUCAACUGGGUCAACACGGAGGACGACAAGAAGACGCCGCUUAUCAUGGCGGUGCAGGGGGGUUCACUGGUCACCUGUGAGUUUCUGCUCCAAAACGCAGCCAAUGUGAACCAGCAGGACGCUCAGGGCCGAGGACCCCUCCACCACGCCACCAUGCUGGGACACACAGGGCAAGUGUGUUUAUUCUUAAAAAGAGGAGCAAAUCAAAAUGCUGCAGACAUUGAUGAGAAAACCCCCCUGACGAUAGCAGUGGAUGCAGCCAACGCAGACAUCGUCACACUGUUGCGAUUGGCCAAGAUGAAUGAAGAGAUGCGAGAGGCGGAGGGGCCCUACAGCCAGUCAGGAGAUGAAACCUACCAAGACAUUUUCCAGGAUUUCACCCACAUGGCCUCCAAUGACCCGGACAAGCUAAACCGCUACCAGCAGUAUGACCCCCAACGACCCUGAUGCCACAGAAUCACCGUCCGUUAGCUCUCGGAUACGUCUGCUCUCCCCAGGAGAGACGAAACGAUGUCUGGCACGACAUCGUCCACUUUCCAUCCAGCACCCUUCAGCAUUAAAGCUGGUCAGUGCAGCCGUAGCUGGACUCGUCACCAUAAUGGGACCAAAGCUCCUUUCUUCUUUAAAUAGUUGUCUUGCAGCUGUGGAAACAGCCCCACUUCCCCCAAGUUGAGGGGAACUCUGUGAACGGCAAACCUCACUUUGGUUUGUUUUGACUAGGACCUAUUAUUACAAUGAGUGAAUGGUACAGUGUUUGAAAGAAAUCAGAAUCACAAUUUAACUCGAUCUGUCGGUUAUUUUAAUCGUUUGUUUUAAUAUUUAAUAUUUGUUGUCUUUUAGAACUUUAUAAAAAAAAAAAUCUGUGCUGCAUCAGAGUUUUAAAGAAUGAAAUGCAUGACAGACGGUUUGAUACUUAAUCUUUCAAAAGGUUUUCAAUAGGAUUGUCUUAUGAUCAUAGGUAACUUUUUUUAUAUUGAAGUUUAUACACGACAAUAUGCUUUUACUUUUUUUGCACAAAUCCCUUUAUCUUAAAUCGCCACUGAUGUUUACCAGUUUUGAUGGUAAAGCUUUGACAUUUUAGACGAUAUACAGUGAUUCAUGAAAGUAAACAUGUUAUUGAUGCGUCUGCAAUGUUAAAUAGAUGAUUUCUUCUUUUUUUCUUUUUAAUUGCUGUUUUUUUUGUAAACACUUUUCUCUGAAUGAUUUAAAUUGUCCAUGUCGGUACUGCAGGACGUGUCAGUGAGGCAAUCAGCCCUUCAGUGUGCUGAUUAUACUUUCAGUCGUGUUGAGAUGAUUGUUAGUUUGUAGAUUCAGUCUCAUGCUGAUAUUUAAAAAGUUAAGAUUUAAAGUAAAAAAACUCCACAGUAAUAUGGACAUGUAACACCCUCCCAUCUGGUAAUGAAUGAGACGAAUGUGCUGCUCUUCAACUCGAUGCUGACAUGGAACGUGGACUCAAGAGCCAACACAUUAUUUAGACCUUUUUAAGUAAACUUCCCAGGAAAUAAAUUUGGAAAUUGCAGAUCUAUACAGUGUUACAUAAAUACAUACAUACAGUCUACUAAAUGUCCAGAGAGGUUUGGAAUUAUGACAUUCAGUCACUGACAUCUCAAGUCACAUUUUCACAAGUGUUUGAUUUAGUUGUGACAUCGGACGACUGCGCCGAAAUGUCCGGAAAUGAAUUCUACGAUUUUUGUUUUUGUAAAAAAAAAAGAUAUCUUCUUGUUGACAUUAACAGUAUAUAAUAACAUACAAUAUGCAGCGCAGAGGAACCCUUUGGCAAAUACAGCAUGGGAUACAAUUAUUGUACAUUUUGUACAGAUGAUUUUUAAUUCUCCAGCGAACUGAAGUAUAAAGGUAGUGGUACUUGAAUCAUUAUAUAAGCUUUUGUAUAUAUGCUGUUCUUUGUAUCUUUUGGUAAUUGUAGCCUAUUUUAUAUUGCUUGUCUGUAUACCGGUAUACAUGUACUGUAUAUUCCACCUGUAAUAUGUAAGAGCUUCAAUACAUAAGGACUGAGGAUUCAUCGCAGAAUGUUGAUUCUUUUUUUUUUAUUUGCUUUGUCUCGAAGAUAAUUUAAACAACUUUGUGUGACUUCAUUAAAGUCAUCACAGGAAUGUGUUUGUUGGUACAGAAGUGACGUUAACUCCGACCUGACAGAGCACCACACUGGUGCCAUAUUCCACCGGACGGUAUUUAACAUGCUUUGCUUGUUUUGUUCAAGCUGCUCGUCCUUUUACUGCUCUCGUGUGCUUAUUUCUUUUUCUUUUUUUUCAGUACUUUGGCAUUAAUUUGUUUUCAGAUGUUCAUUAAAAUCCUGAAGUAUGUAGUCACAUACUACAUUUAAGCUUCUGUUCAAAAAUGAUAACCAGGAAGGAAUAAAGAAAAUAAAUAGUCUUAAUACACACAAUGGUACAAAAGAAUUCAAGACAAAAAGGCUUCUACGAGUUUCUCCUCGUUUUCAAAAAAGCCCUUAAGAGUCCCUUGUCUUCUCGAAGCCUCUUAAUCAUUAAGGAGUUUUUCAAGAGCAAGGCGAAGCAGGAAUUCAUCAGCCAGCCUUUGUGCACUUGGUCUAUUAAAGGUAUUACACAAUU